AACGAGUCUUGUUAGGUGCGGACAAACACUAGGGACAUGGCGGCGCCCGGCACUGCGCUCUGCCUCUUCGACGUGGAUGGGACCCUGACGGCCCCGCGGCAGAAAAUUACCAAAGAAAUGGAUGGCUUUCUACAAAAGUUGAGGCAGAAGAUCAAAAUCGGAGUGGUAGGCGGGUCGGACUUUAAGAAAGUGCAGGAGCAACUGGGAAACGAUGUGGUUGAAAAAUACGAUUACGUGUUUCCAGAAAAUGGCUUGGUAGCAUACAAAGAUGGGAAAUUCUUAUGUAAGCAGAAUAUUCAAGGUCACCUGGGUGAGGCCCUAAUCCAAGAUUUAAUCAACUACUGUCUGAGCUACAUUUCGAAAAUCAAACUCCCAAAGAAGAGGGGUACUUUCAUUGAAUUCCGAAAUGGGAUGUUAAACGUGUCCCCUAUUGGAAGAAGCUGCAGCCAAGAAGAACGCAUUGAGUUCUACGAACUUGAUAAAAAAGAAAAUAUAAGACAAAAAUUUGUAGCUGAUCUGCAGAAAGAGUUUGCAGGAAAAGGCCUCACGUUUUCCAUAGGAGGCCAAAUCAGCAUUGAUGUCUUUCCUGAUGGAUGGGACAAAAGGUAUUGCCUGCGACAUGUGGAAAAUGACGGUUAUAAGACUAUUUAUUUCUUUGGAGACAAAACCAUGCCAGGUGGCAACGACCAUGAGAUCUUCACAGACCCGAGAACUGUAGGCUACACCGUGGUGGCGCCCGAGGACACACGCAGGAUCUGUGAAGAGCUCUUCUCCUGACAUGACAAGGGAGGGGUCCUGGCAACGGAGCCCGAGCCGAGCUUCCUCCCUCCCUCCCUCCCUCCCAUGCCACUUGCCACCAGCCCCCAGGCCGGCUUUUCCCACUGUGCCAAUCAAGGCCUUUCUGGACCUCUGUAGCCUCGCUCGGCAGAGAACUGGCCCUCCACUCCAACACGGUACCUCCAUCUCCACUGCCAGCAGCAGCCAGAAGGGAGAAGAAAGGACUUGUCAAGAAUGGCUUGAAGGAAUACCUCCAACAAAAGGUUUUAUACCCCACCCCAUGCCCAGGCUGAGACCAACCCAAUGUGUGCAGUCACAUGGUUUGGGGACUUGCCCAUCAGUCUGGAGUGAUGCAGAAAGAUCACAUGUGUCUGGACCCUCCCUCUUCACAGGGCUUGUGAAGGAGUUACAGGGAUUAAUGCUGGGACCCGGCGUCAACAUUAAAAAGGGGGAUUUGGUGAUGAGACAUCCGCACUGACCCAGGACAGAAGUUUAAGAACACUUCCUGAAAUGAGGCUCCCUCCCAAGCAAUGGAGGCUUUGCUGUGAGCCUGCAGCUGGAUGCCUGGAGGGAAUCUUUGUUUUCCAAGCCCACUUCUGGGACAGGUGGCUGGCCAAGGGACAGCUGACCCUAAGGAGUUUGCACCUCAGCUGGCCUUUCUUGGGUCAGCUGUGAGUUCACUACAUUUUGAAUGGCCUGGCUGCUUUCUGGAAGCAUUGAGAUGGGAGGAAGUAAGGAGCCAACAACCCUAGUGGAGAAUUGGCCCUGGAAAAGCAGUCCUUCCCCAGCAUCCCAGCUCUGAUCCCAGGGACAGGGAAACUAACUUCGCCCAAAGGACCUUCUCCUUAUUGGCCCUGGGUGGGCUCCCAGGGGCCUUUUACACCCCUAGUUUCUCAGGGAUCAGGUGGGAGCCAGGGUAGGGACAGGAACGGGAGCUGCACUUUACGGUUAGCCUGUCCACCAGGCCCUCAUCCAGACUUUGACUUGAGGGUGUAGGAGCAGCUGUAGUUGGGCCCAUGUCCCUCACUCCUCCCUCCCACAAUCCACAUGAAAUUGGAAGGAAGCUCACGGGACUCCUCCAGAACACGGUGGAAAAGAACUUUUCAAGAAAACAGUUCACAUUGUCACUUUUCAGUGUGUGGAAAUGCUGGGACCCAUCAACCCUCUGCUGGUGCUGCCAACCUGAACCUGGGACCGGGUGUUCUCUCACCACCCACCUCCCAGCACAGCCAGGGCUCAUCACUGACGAGCCUGGUUCUCUCCAAACCUCCCAGCCACUUGGGCUUGUGUCAGCUGCAGAUCAGGUUACGUGACAGCGGGAAGGCCGGGCUUGUGGACCCUGCCCCUCACCCACCCACUUUCCCGCACAUGAGAGAUUGGCGUUCCUGGGACACGAGUGAGUCCCAGGACACAGCCAGCCAGUGGCAUCUCUCCUUGUUGAAUUUUGCAAAUGAUACUGUAAUGACCUUUCCAAAUGAAAAGUUGCACAUUAAAGUGAUUUUAUUCUUUCCUA